CUCCUCCUCUCGCCCCAUCCUCGAAACGCACCCUCCUCUGUCUCACUCUUUCUCUGCUUCCUCCGCCCACUUCGGCCGGGGGGGAAGCAGCAAUUUCAUCAUCUUAUCAUCCCAUUCGGAUACAGCAUUGAAGAAAGAAAAAGGAGGAGAAAAAGAAUAAGAAGAGGAGGAGAAGAAGGAAGAUAAACAUGGCGAGACGUGCCCUGGUGACAAGGAUCGCGGCUCUGGUUGCCGUCCUCCUCCUCGCGACCCCUGCCGCCGCCAAGCUCACCGCCACCUACUACCAGAAGACGUGCCCCAAGGCGGAGCAGAUCGUGUCGGAGGUGGUGACGACCAAGCAGAUCACCACCCCCAUCACGGCCGCCGGCGCCCUCCGCCUCUUCUUCCACGACUGCUUCGCCGGCGGCUGCGACGCCUCCGUGCUCGUGUCGACCAACGCCUUCAACCGCGCGGAGCGCGACGCCGACGACAACGUCUCUCUCCCCGGGGACGGCUUCGACGUCGUCAUCCGCGCCAAGACAGCCCUCGAGCUUCAGUGCCCCGGCGUGGUCUCCUGCGCCGACGUCCUCGCCCUCGCCACCCGCGAGCUCGUCAUCAUGCUGGGCGGGCCUUUCUACCACGUCCGCCUCGGCCGCAAGGACGCCCUCAACUCCACCGCCGCCUCCGUCGAGGGCCAACUCCCCGGCCCCAACAUGACCGUGGACCAGCUCAUCUCCCUCUUCGCUCGGAAGAGCUUCACCGCACAGGAGCUGGUGGCCCUCUCCGGCGCCCACACCGUCGGCUUCUCGCACUGCGACCAGUUCGCGUCGCGCAUCUACGGCUACGACGGCCGCAACCAGAACGCCUACGACCCGGCGAUGAACCCGCAGUUCGCGCAGGCGCUGCAGAAGGCGUGUGCCAACUACACCACGGACCCGACCAUCGCCGCCUUCAACGACGUGAUGACGCCGGGCAAGUUCGACAACCUGUACUACCAGAACCUGCUGCGGGGGCUGGGGCUGCUGGCGUCGGACCAGGCGCUGGCGGCGCACCCGCUGACGAAGCCCUUCGUGCAGCUCUACGCCGCCAACCAGACCGCUUUUUUCACGGACUUCGCGCACGCCAUGGAGAAGCUCAGCGUGCUUGGGGUGAAGACGGGCCGCAAGGGCGAGGUCCGGCGACGCUGCGACGCGUUCAACAACCUCUCCACCUAAACAACGAAAGCUUUCAUCAAGACUCGACCGUGGAUUAUGUCGUCCAUCGUCGUCGUAGUUUAGGCAUGGAGAGAUGCAUGUAAUCUCCAUGCCCCAAGCUCUACCACAUACAUUUAUAUAUAGACUAUAUAUGA